AAUGCUUUCCUCCGGGCGCAGAAACUCUGAAGCAAUGGUUCCGGGGGAGGUGACACGUGGCUCCGGCAGAGGGGCGGGGAGUGAGGCGUAGGAGGUCGGGAAUGGCAGAGGAUGAGAAGACAACGGAGAGCCGUUACCUGAUUUAUUUUGGAUGAUGUGGGACAGGAUUGGAAUCUGUCUGCUCUUUACGUGUGUGGGGUUCCACUUUAGCGCCGCCUGUGUCCCAGGAAGUCGUACCUGUGAAACUGCCAACACUACCUCUCUGGAUGCCUGGAUCUGCUCUCUGAUUGGCACUUUGUUGGUGGGACUCAGUGGGGUCUUUCCACUCCUGGUGAUUCCUGUUGAAGCAGGCGCCACGCUCAGAUCUGAAGAGGGCUCCAAGAGGCUGAAGCAGCUGCUGAGUUUUGCUAUUGGUGGUUUACUGGGCGAUGUGUUUGUUCAUCUUCUGCCGGAGGCCUGGGCUUACACCUGCAGCCCCACAACAGGGAGCUCUCAGUCCCUCCAGCAGCAGCGUCUCCUCGGCCUAUGGGUUAUCAUAGGAUUCUUCACCUUCCUAAUUUUGGAGAAAACGUUUUCCAGUGGGAAAAAUGAAGAACAGACGGCAGUUAACUCUGUUCAGAAAGUAGCUCCCAGCAGCUUGAUGAAUGGAAAGCAUGGCGUGAACAAAAAGCAGCGCUCUGUACAACAGAGACCUAAAAGUGACAGUAUUAAGGUCAGUGGCUAUCUCAAUCUGCUGGCCAACACCAUUGAUAACUUCACCCAUGGCAUGGCGGUGGCGGGCAGCUUUCUGGUCAGUAGAAAGGUGGGAAUUCUCACAACUGUGGCCAUCUUAUUACACGAAAUUCCCCAUGAGGUUGGGGAUUUUGCAAUUCUCCUCCGUGCUGGAUUUGACCGCUGGAGUGCAGCUAAGAUGCAGCUGAUGACUGCCAUGGGAGGCAUCCUCGGCGCGGGCUUUGCUGUUUGUGCGCAGUCACCCAAAGGGGCCGGUGAAGCAGUGGCUUGGAUUUUACCCUUCACAUCAGGCGGUUUCCUGUACAUUGCACUGGUUACUGUGCUCCCUGACCUUUUGGAAGAGAAAAAUACAAGAAAUUCUCUCGUCCAAGUCCUGCUGAUUAGCUGUGGCAUUGUUGUGAUGACGAUCCUGUCCUUAACCGUGAAGUGACUACAACCCAUCCAAGACGAGACGACCCUGCAGGACCUACCUGCACAAGAAAUGUCCCCCUUGGGGCAGACCCGUGUGCACGACCGUUCCUGGUUUCCAACGUCGGACAUGGCACCCCUUCCAAGUCGCCGAUGUUUAAUUCCUUUUUUGUUUGUUUGUGGGCUUGGCCUUUCUAUUGCUGGUCUUGUGUCUGCAUAUGUGGCCAAGUCUUCUUUGUGCAAGCCUGUGUGUCGCCUGCAUCUUCAGUAUAUCCUGCUGCUUGCCUCGUCUGUCCUCCUAUAAGGCCGUGCGUCCACCCUCGUCCAGCGUUUUAUAUGUUUGUGUACACAUACCGUGUACUUCUGCAGGUACACUAAGAAGAGACGGGCUUUCUGUACCUUCUACUGUGCAAGAAAGUAUUAUUCUACAGCUUACAGGUUAAAGACCUGAUUGCACAAACCUGAAACUAACUUUAGCUACUGUUACCAAUUGUAUUCAUAGACACCAGAACCACUGAUGUUUUUUAACGGUUUAUUCUACUUCUCGGAAAGCAAUAAGGAUAUAGAAAGAGGGGUCUUGUUUCUGUGCUGUAGCGGAUAAUUUAUUCACCUGGUUGGGGUGAAUGCUCCCCUCACAGUACCAGCAGGGCGGUAUAUAAAUCAUUCUAGGCUAGCCUUAAACGGAAUCUCCACCUUCUGUCGUCAUGUCAAUUUUAUGUCGACAGUUCUGCGCUGAUUUUAUAUAUAUAUUUUUUUUUAAUAUAGCUUUUAUUGUGAUCAGAACUCCAAAUCCCAUGCAUGGACAUAAAGUUAAAGCCUGUGGACAUCUUCUGGGCACAUUUUAUGUUUGCAUUCUAGUCCUUUUUGGCUAAAAAUACAAUUUUUUUAAUAGGUCUUUAUUAAAAAUGUUCAGCCAUUUCUGUGUUACAGGGUUAAAAAAAACAGUCUGUUUCCAGGCUCGAACUUCUUGUUCCUUUUGAAUCCUUUCUUUCAUGUGUAGCGCUUAUCUCUGAUCUCCUGACCUCAUAAAGACAUCAUAGCUCAAUUCCUAUUCAACAGAUAAAGAAUAUGGCUUGAAUAAGCGUUUACGAGGUCAGGAGAUCAGAGGUAAGAGCUACAUAUAAGCCAUCAGAUGAUGGGAUUAAAAGAAAACAGAAACUGCCUGAAAACAGACUGAUUUUUAACCCUGUAUCUCAGAAACGGCUGAACAUUUUUAAUAAAAAAAACUAUUGAAAAAAUUAUCUUUAGUCCAAAAUGAGCAAAUUGCAAUCAUAAAGAAAUGCCCCCAAAGGUGUAUGUAGGUUUUAUAAGAUAACAUGCAAACUUUCUGCAGCCACCACUAGGGUGAGCUUAGAAACUUACCACAUACUGUCUCUGAUUUAUUAAUCGUAAAGAUGGCGUAAGGUUCGACAGGUUGUCUAGACCUGCACCCGUUUUGUCUCAGGCUGGAUGAUAAAUAUGGGGCAGGGUCACUUUUUAACUCUAUACCAAGUAUUGGUUGUCUUACUUUUUACACCAAAAUUGUAAAUUGGUGCAUCUUUUACAACAAAGCUGUCCCUUCUCUCUAAGUAACGCCUCUUGAUGAGCAUGUUGGGG